CGCGAGAGAAGAUGUCUCAUCGCAAGUUUGAACACCCGCGUUACGGUAACCUCGGUUUCUUGCCGAAGAAGCGCUCGAAGCGCAGCCGGGGUAAGGUCAAGUCGUUCCCGAAGGAUGACGCGAGCAAGCCGCCGCACCUCACCGCGUUCAUGGGCUUCAAGGCUGGCAUGACGCACAUCGUUCGCGAUGUCGAUAAGCCCGGCUCGAAGAUGCACAAGAAGGAAACGUGCGAAUCGGUGACGAUCAUCGAGUGCCCGGAACUCAUCGUGGUUGGCCUCGUCGGUUACGUGCGCACGCCGAAGGGCUUGCGCGGGAAGAAGACGGUGUGGGCCGAACACUUGAACGAUGAAGUCCGCCGUCGAUUCUACAAGAACUGGUUCAAGUCCAAGAAGAAGGCGUUCACCAAGUACACGAAGAACUACACCAACGGUUCCAUCGACAAGGACUUGGACGAGCUCAAGAAGUCUUGCGACGUCAUUCGCGUCAUCGCGCACACGCAAGUGCGCAAGGUUUCAGGCUUGAAGCAAAAGAAGGCUCACAUUAUGGAGAUUCAAGUUAACGGUGGUGACGUCGCCGCCAAGGUUGACUUUGGCUACGCUCUCUUCGAAAAGGCUGUGCCGGUCGACACCGUGUUCCAGCAAGACGAAAUGAUUGAUCUCAUCGGCGUCACGAAGGGUAAGGGUUACGAAGGCGUCGUCACCCGUUGGGGCGUCACCCGACUUCCGCGCAAGACCCACAGAGGUUUGCGUAAGGUUGGUUGCAUCGGUGCGUGGCACCCGUCGCGUGUUUCCUACACGGUUGCCCGUGCGGGUCAACACGGUUACCAUCACCGUACGGAAAUCAACAAGAAGGUGUACAAGAUCGGCAAGGCUGGUCAAGACAGCUUCGGUGCGAGUACGUUCCACGACCCGACGGAGAAGGAAAUCACCCCGAUGGGUGGCUUCGCGCACUACGGUAUCGUCAAGCACGACUACGUCAUGAUCAAGGGUGGUGUCGUCGGCCCGCGCAAGCGCUUGAUCACGAUGCGUCAAUCUCUCUUCAAGCAAACGCGUCGCGUCGCCACGGAGAAGAUUACGCUCAAGUUCAUCGACACCUCGUCCAAGUUCGGUCACGGUCGCUUCCAAACCUCCGAAGAGAAGGCGAAGGUUUUCGGUACGACGAAGCAAGCGUAAGCUUCUUUGUCGUUCGCAAUCGCUGGUUAGUCACGUUUGUUUUAAUGUCGAAGACGC